UCUCAACCUCGGCAUGGGUUGUUAUGGCCACAAUCAAGGCCAUCGAGGGCCGUUCUGUACAUCAGAUACAGUCUGGACAGGUUAUUGUCGAUCUGCAGUCGGUCUGUAAAGAGCUUGUGGAGAACAGCAUUGAUGCCGGCGCCACGUCGAUUGAGGUGCGCUUCAGGAACAAUGGGCUCGAUGCCAUCGAAGUCCAGGAUAACGGCUCUGGCAUUACGCCAGACGACUACGAGACGAUAGCCCUCAAGCACUACACAUCCAAGCUUGCAAGCUAUGAUGACCUCGCCUCGCUGCAGACGUUCGGCUUCCGCGGCGAAGCACUAUCCUCGCUCUCCGCCUUGUCCAAGUUCCACAUCAUCACAGCUCGAGCCACCGACGGAGCGAAGGGUACAAAGCUCGAGUUUGAGCAGUCGGGGAAGUUGAAGGGAACGUCUGUGGUAGCGGCCAAACAGGGCACAACAGUAGCCGUAGAGACACUCUUCUAUAAUUUACCUGUGAGGCGGAAGGAGCUAGAAAAGAACAUUAAGAGGGAGUACAACAAGGUGCUACAGCUGCUUAAUGCAUAUGCCUGUAUUAGUAUCGGCGUCAAGUUCUCCGUUAGCAACCAGGUGCCGAAGGGGAAGAAAACGAUAGCGUUCUUGACCAACGCAAACCUAAGCACGAAAGACAACAUCUCGAACGUAUACGGUGCCAAGACUAUCACUGCCUUGGUCCCUCUCAACCUCGAAUUCGACAUGGAUCCCUCUGAUCGACCAGGUGCCACACAGAGCGCACGUAAUUGGAGCACACAAGUAGAUUCUGGCUCACACACAGUCAAAAUCGUGGGUCAUAUCUCGCGUCCCGUUGUAGGGGAAGGUCGUCAAACGCCGGACAGGCAGAUGUUCUUCGUCAAUUCGCGACCCUGCAACCUACCUCAAGUUGCCAAAGCCUUCAACGAAGCGUAUAAAUCUUUCAACAUCACUCAGUCGCCAUUCGUGUUUGCGGAUAUCAAACUCGACACGAACGCAUAUGAUGUAAAUGUCAGCCCGGACAAGAGAACGAUCAUGCUGCACGACCAGGCAGCGCUCUUGGAAAGCCUAAAGCAAUCUCUCUUGGAGCUGUUCGAGGGGCACGAUCAAAGCGUACCCCAAGCUCAGCUGCCGGGACAGAAGGCAGGCAUGUUAGCUUUCAAACCACACUCCAUUCAGCCUCGAGAUAGUACUGGCCCAACCGUUCCUAAAGGUCGCAGUGAUUCCGAGCGGGAAAGUGGAGACUGUGGGCAACAUUCAGAUACGGCCGAAGUGCCUUCUUCGCCCGAGAGACUCGAAAAAACACCCCGUACAGGAUUCAUCAGAGCGAGUCUUAUCGACAGCUUUGCUGGCCGAGAUGCAGAGCACAGGGUUAUUCGCCCAUUGGUGAGACGAAGAAGCAACAGCUCCCAGGGAAUCGAUAAAAUAAUGGAAGAGCGCGUGUUCCACCCAAUUGAACAGCAACGCAGCGCAUCGCCAGACCAACAUCGUAUAGACCAACUAUCACCGCAGAGAUCUCAGUCGCCAUUGUUCGAGCCGGAGAAAGCCGAAUCUCAUGUUCCGAUCCGACUAUCACAGCCCUCACGGGUUGUGCAGGACUUCAACACGCGCAUAACAUCCCAGAAUGCGCAUCAAGUCGAACGAGACCGAUCCCCCAGAGCGCCUGAACUUGACGCGGCCGAGGACAAGGCAGAGGAGCGCAUCCCAACAAUCACACAGACACCCAAAGAACCUCUAUCGCAAAGCAUAAUCCAGAACGCAUUUGACCGUAUGCGUCCCACACGAACGCCAGUUCAACAAGCCACGAUUACCAUCGGCGAUACAACGACCGUAUCUACAAUUGGGUCGGAUAGUCAGAGAACAUCAUCGAAGCGCGCAAGGAUUCAUACACCAAAGUUCUCGCUAUCUGGCAGGCCUUUGGAUCAGACACCAAUAACGUCUUUGUUCAAGAAGAAUCUGAUUAGCUUUGCAGCACCAGGAACACAAGUAGAUAACAGCGAUGGAGAGGAAAGCGAGAGUGAGAGUGGUCAAAACAGUACUAUAUCGGAUGCACCUAUUCGCUCUCCCUCUCCACAUAAACGUCACCCAUCGAAAGCAUUCAAAGCGCGAAAAAUCGAUGAUCUAGUAGAUUCAUCAAGUACCCAAUCGCCAGCUCUGCAAGUCGUGGAGGAAAAUUCUACAGAAGAAGACAUCGCAUCUGGAGCUGAACUUGAACCUCAACUCGAAGCCGAGAAAGCUGAAGACUCAGAUGAUGAAUACAUCGACGAUACAGAGAAGAAAGCUAGAGAAGAAGCAAUGAUAGCACAAAUGAUUACCGAGGCUGAAGAAGCUGCCGCUCGCCCAACCGACCUAAACUUGAAGCGUGCGAGCAAGCUGUUCAAGGUUACGCAGAAGAAGUAUUGGACUAUAAAUGUCGAGCGUGUCAUCGAGACGGAUGUCGAUUCGAUUGCUCAGCAUCUGCACAAUAUUCAAUCAUCCAUCAAUACGUCAAUAGCAGCAUCUGAGAAGGCAGCUCUCUUUCCUAGCAGUACACAGCUGAACAAAGAAGACCCCGAAGAACGACUCAGUCUCACGGUGACCAAGCUAGACUUCAACGAGAUGCGCAUCAUCGGCCAGUUCAACUUGGGUUUCAUCAUCGCUGUGCGACCGCCAACUACUACGUCACCUACUUCAGACCUCUUCAUCAUUGACCAACAUGCUAGUGAUGAGAAGUACAAUUUUGAGCGUUUCUCUGCAACAACCACACUGGUUCCGCAACGACUUGUACACCCACACCCCCUAGAGCUUACGGCGGUGGAGCAAGAAAUCAUACUAGCAAACGAGCACGCACUCACGGCUAACGGUUUCGUCAUUGAACUAAACUCGUCUGACGAGAAUGAUACAACCCAUCGUGCGAAACUAACGUCCUUGCCAAUGUCGAGAGAGGUCACAUUUACGCCCACAGACCUCGAAGAGCUUCUCGCGCUCAUUUUAGAUGACCCACCUUCAUCGUCGACAUCAACUUCACCACACAUUCCGCGUCCUUCGAAGGUCCGGAAACUGCUCGCCAGCCGCGCAUGCAGAAGCUCAGUCAUGAUCGGCAAAACCCUCCAGCAUACCCGUAUGAAGGAAAUUGUUCGACACAUGGGUAGCAUGGAUAAGCCUUGGUCUUGUCCCCAUGGACGACCUACGAUGCGGCAUCUGUAUGGGCUGGAGAAGUGGCAGGGAUGGUCUGAGGGAGACGGUGUUACUGGGAUUGAUGUACAAGGGGGGAAGACUGACUGGGCAGCGUUCCUGGGGAAAAAUAGACGUGGAUAAGAAUCAGCGGUUGCGUCGUUGGGUUCUGAUAGAGGCAUAUGUGAUAUUCGGUGCUUUGGACUAGUUUACUUGCAAAUAUGGCUGGAGUUAGGCAACGUUUGCAUAUUAUACCCUCGUAUGUACACACUUGAUCUUAGAAGACAUAUCUUCGAAUAGCAUCAUUGUUCAAAUCAAGCACCUGUCGGGAGUAGGAGAUGGCGGGAAGAAAGUGGAUUAGCUAAAGGGAAAAU